GCUUUCCUGCAGCUGGAAUUUUAAGACGACACUCAAAAGUGAAAUGGAGCUCAAUUUUUUUUGUUUUGUCUAAAUAAUCGUGCUGUUCAAAACUGCCAUGUUUUGGCUCUGCACUCAUGAUUAAAGAUCAUGUAGGCACAACACAAAACAGAAGAAGGGAGUGGACCUGUAGCUGUGGAGAAUGCUGAAUGGCUGGAGUUACACAUAUAAGAAGCAUGGUCCUAUGGGAAACAUUAAAAUUGUGAUUUUGUCUGGACCUUUUAGUUGGUAGAUUAGGCUCCAUGCUGCGGUAAAUUUUAUGUGUGCCGUCUGUGCCAUGACGCAAAAGAGAACCAUCAGAUGGAUCGCUUUCAGGUGAAAGAUGUCAAAUGCUCUGUGUGCAACACAAUCCAAAAGGCUCAGCAGACAUGUGAAGAGUGCAGAGUGAAAUUUGGUGAUUAUUACUGUGACACGUGCCACUUGUUUGAUAAAGACAAGAAACAGUAUCAUUGUGAACAAUGUGGAAUAUGUAGAAUUGGUCCCAGAGAAAAGUAUUUUCACUGCCUGAAAUGUAAUCUGUGUUUAAUCAGCGACCUGCAAGGAAAUCAUAAGUGUGUCGAAAAUGUAUCAAGACAAAACUGCCCUGUUUGUAUGGAGGAUAUUCAUACGUCGAGGAUUGGCGCACAUGUUUUGCCGUGCGGUCACCUUCUUCACAAAACCUGUUUCGAAGACAUGUCUAAAACAGGUGCAUACAGGUGCCCACUGUGCAUGCAUUCUGCCUGGAAUAUGGAAGACUAUUGGGAUGAACUGGACAAAGAAAUCUCGCAGACUCCAAUGCCAACUGAAUAUCGGAAUGUCACUGUAAAGAUAUUGUGUAAUGACUGCCAGACUCGCUGCACAGUGCCUUUUCAUGUGCUGGGAAUGAAGUGCAGUGGGUGUGGAUCCUACAACACGGCGCAGGAUGGAGGGCUCAUGCCUCAGGAGGACACACAGUGAUGGACCCACUGUAUUGCUGCCUAGAAGCUAGCAAAAUCCCACAGUCCCACAAUCCCACAGCUAGCCUAAUUUGGAAAAGUGUUCAUAAUCUUGUAGAGAUUCAUUCAUUGAUUAUUUUAAUCAUGUUCAUUGAACGUGUUUGAAUUUGGUCUGCAGUGUGCACAAUCAAUUUGGUUAAGCCCUGAUUUGUACAAGAAUAUUUAUUUGGCUGGUACUAUAAACUUUAAUUUACCAUUUGUUUUAGUAUGAUGUUCCUAUACUUAUUCAAGUAGUCUAAUAAGUCGAUUUAUGCAGUUAGCAUUGCAUUGAAUGACCUGUGCAGUGAGAGUACAGAACCAGUUAUAUUGGAAAACCUGGAUAUUCUACUAUGCGAUACUCUGAAAUAUUUUUCUUUCUCCAGCUCGUUAGAAGUUGCUUUUGUUCUCUUCGAGCAAAUACAUGUUGGGACAGGAAACCAGAAAUGCAUGUUUUCUGGAAUGCAUUUUUCCAGUUGUUCAGCAGAAUGCCCUUUUGUACUCCUGAUGUGCUUCAAAUCACGUCACAAUGUAGAACAAGUCCUGUGGUGUUAGUUCAGCCCUGAGAAAAAAAAUAUUUUGCAUUGAAAAUUGGCCACCCAGUCUGUCUUGAUGAAACAACUGAAGGCAGACACUAUGCAAAAGUGAUAAUACCUGUUUUAGCAUUUUGUGAUGUAACUCCUUAAAGCAGUUUCAAGACAAAUCCAGUCAUUUGGUCUCUAAAAUACAUAAAAGUAAAAAUAAAAGUGGUAAAAAUAGAAAAAUAGUGUAAUCAUUAUACUGUAUUGAAAGGCACUUAGAUUAGAAGAUUUCCCUAAUGCAUCAACUGUUUAGACACAUUUUCCAUUACUUCUUGUCAGCCGCCGUUUCUUGUAAUGCAUUUAAAUCUUAUAAAACAUGAGAUUCCACGUGUUUUAACUGUAAUUUUUUUUUAUUAAUGUCAUGUUUUCUGCUCUUAAUUCCUAAACUCAUCAAAUCUCAGGUUUACUUAAUUGUUCAACUUGGUAUAUUGUCCAAAUGCAGGUUUUAAAUGGAGAUAUUAUUGUUCUUAAACUGCAGCAGAUCAAGCCUAUGUGAGAAAGUCAUACUUCUAGAUCAGCACACAAUGUUGACCUUCCAUUAAAUAAUUGACACCCUUGGUUUCUUAUUUAUGAAAUGUAUAUUGUGUAGAAAACCUAGUUUGGCUUUUUCCAGUAUUAUACUGUACAUCAUUGUUAAGGCCUUAUUUUUAUGCUUAUUAAAAUAGGAUUAGUAACUUAGAUUAAUUAGGCAGUUAUUCUGCUUCAUUAAUUUAUGAAGACAAAAAUGUGAAUGAAUGGUGCAUUGCUCCUGUGAAAUACGUUGCUGUGUUUCCAUUAGUUUCUGCUGUUUGAAAAUACAUUAAAAAUAAGCCCUUCUUCA